AUGGCAACCGAGCAGGACUUCAUAACGCGCCUAGGCGUAGAAAGGAGCUUGGCGUACGCCGCCAUGGCCAUGAAAAAUUACUAUAAGACACACGUCAGACAAUGGUUCAAGCCUGGCGAUUACGUGUACCUUCGUCUGGGUCAUGGAUAUGAUAUCCAAGCUAACCAAGGCUUGCCCAAGAAGCUCGCCCAACGCUUCGACCUAUCGACAUUGACAGCUCCGACGAUCUCCAAGUUAUUAAAGAAAUAG